AUGCCUCCCUUUUGGCCGAGACGGACACUCACAACCAAAAACUUUGGGAUACCCCCACUGUUUGAGCCAACAACAACCCUUUCAGCCAAAGACAACAACCUCACCAUCUCCAGCGGAGACCGUUUCAUCCAGAUUCAAGAUGAGAAGCAUGGCGGCUGGACACGCCUUGAUGCUACCGUUCUUCGCGAUAGCUGCACAUGCACAACAUGCGUCGACCCAGCCUCUGGCCAAAAGAGCUUUGCGACAACAGCAAUUCCCUCAGACAUCGCCAUUGAUAGUAUACACACGACUCCAACCGGCGUAGGCAUCUCGUUCAAGAACGAUAUGUACAAAGAUCACAAGAUGGUUCUUCCUUGGAGUUCUGUUGACAAAGCACUUGGCCAUGCGCCAGUUGAGAGAAUGCCAUACCCGAGACAAGACGCAGUGUAUCCCAAAACAGGGCGGACGUUCUGGGACAAAGCUACUAUCCAGCAACGUGUACGAAAGAUUGACUACCAUGAGUUCAUGAAGGGCGAUGAUGCAUUCUGGCAUACUCUUCUCGAUCUAUCGAACCUCGGUCUUGUGUUUCUUACAAACGUACCGCACGAUGAGAACUCCAUCGUCAAUAUCACAACACGCAUCGCUAAUAUCAAAGAAACCUUCUACGGCCGCACUUUUGACGUUCGCGCCAAGACAGACGCUGAGAAUGUAGCGUACACGAGCGGAUAUCUCGGUCUUCAUCAGGAUUUACUAUACCUCGAGAGUCCGCCCGCGAUCCAACUUCUUCACUGUAUGGAAAACUCGUGCAACGGCGGAGAGUCACUGUUUAGCGAUGGGUUAUUCGCCGGAAAGCUGCUGUGGCUACAAAACUCUCCCACAGUCAAGAAUCUCGCUCGGGUAAAGAUUCCAUAUCACUAUGAGAAGCACGGAUACUUCUAUCGUCAGCAGCGAUCACUAUUUGACGUUGGACCCGAUGGAAAUCUCGCAGCUGUAUACUGGAGUCCGCCGUUCCAGAACCAGUUCCAGGUCCCAGCGGUCGACGCAAGAGCGUGGCUUGAACCAGCGCAGUUAUUCGAUGGGUUGAUCAAUGAUCCUGAUGCCAUGUUCGAGAUGAAGAUGAAGCCAGGAGAGUGUGUGCUUUUCGAUAACAUGAGGGUCAUGCAUGGAAGGAAUCAGUUCGACGUUGGUGGAGGAUCGAGAUGGCUGAGAGGAGCGUACAUUGCACGAGAGGAUCUCGUUAGUCGUGUUCUCCAUGUUCCUGAAGCUUUGGCAGCGGAGUAUCGCAAUGGCAAAGAAUGGAGUCGUUCGCUGGAGGAUGAGGAGUUGAAGGCGUCGAAGUGGUUUGGCAAGGUCGGGGCACAGGUUGAAAGCGUUGUUGAUGGAUUAAAGAGAAAAGGAGCUGCGGAGUUGGGCGAAAGAGAUUAUGAUGUGUUGAACCUGGGAUAG